GUUUAGGUAAUUUUCCCCGCCGGGGGGAAUAUACUCGUUUUGGACAGAAGUGACCUGACGGAGAGAUGGCCGAUUUAAAAGUCGCUCCAGAGACACUCAAAGAAAUUGCGACGUUUCCCUUCCGUAACUUGUUUAAAAAAUAGUCUUGCAUCAUCGCCGGUGAGUUCCCUCAGAAUGGUAGUCAUCAAGCGCUUCCGAACAGUCUGGGGUGUCGAGUCUGGGAAAGACUUCGGGAACUGGAUUCCCUGGUUUGCAGAUCUCAAAAAGCAAGGUUACGCUGGCGUUGAGGUCGAUAUCACAGAUCGUGAUGCCGAUAACCUUCAGCAACUGCGAAAGAUCUUGGAUGAUGUCGGCCUGGAAGCCACCGUGUUAAUACAUACAGCAUGGGCGGGUUACGUCGGCGGUCGGCCCAGAGAUCUCACGCCAGAUGUCCACCUUGACAUCUACCACCACAACCUCGAGCGCGCAAAGAUCCUGAAGCCUGUUAGGAUCAACGCUCAAUCUGGAGGCGAUUACUGGACUCUUGACGAAUCAGUCUAUUUCUAUCAGAAGACCUUUGACAUCGACAGGGAGCUGGGUCUAACAGGUCUCGUGAGUCACGAGACACAUCGAAAUCGAUCAUUAUUCACGCCAUAUGCUGCCAAGUACAUUCUACCAAAGGUUCCAGAGCUUCGAGUGACGGCAGAUAUCUCUCACUGGGUAGUCGUAUGCGAAAGACUCUUGGACCUUGGAGAGGAAGAUAAGGAGAUUCUAGAUCUGCUGAUCCCGAGAGUCACCCAUAUCCAUACUCGCAUCGGAACUACUCAGUCCUCUCAGUGUCCUGAGCCAGAAGAUCCCGUGUUCAAGGAGGAGCGAGAGUUCUUCGAGAGGCUCUGGCUACGUAUUGUCAAGGCGCGAAGCAAGGAUAGCGACCUUAUCACCUUUGUACCUGAAUAUGGUCCUUACCCUUAUCACCCAUAUGGAAGCGUCAGAACGCAUGGGCAGGUCGCUGAUAGUGAAGGCGCGAGAUUGCAGAAACUCUUCGAAGAGAGCCUGAAUGAGUAAGAGACUGCCGGAGACACAUCAUGGUGAGAGGCAUGUCCAAAGACCAUGAU